UUCUUUCCGUUUUUUGCAAAAAUUUGCAAAAUUUGAGUAUAUGAAUGAUAACGUUAACACGUAUGACGACUGUUUCUAAAUAGACGAAACACGUGAAUGUAAUUUAAUGUGUAAGUGGGAUUGUGAGCCACAGAGCGCCCCCUAUAGGUACAUUGUGGGAGGCGGAUUGUUACAUUAGUUAUUCUUCUCACUUCUGCUCAUCGCUUGAAAUGCAUGUAGGUGAAGAGUCUCUGCAGUGCAUUCUCCCGGCUACAGUGGCGCAGGCUUUCACAUCUACUCUCCUCAUCUUCCUCCGGUCUCUCGUGUUUGGAAACCGAGCUCUGUCGACAUGCACGCGCUCUCAUCGACCGAGACCGAGAUGUCUGUGUGCGCAAAAGUGCUCUUUUAUUCUCUUUUAGUCAAAUGAACCUGACCAAUGUAGCCGUCGGCUGCUCACUUCUGUCCGUCGGGCGCGAUUUGUUUGCGGAAUUGUUUUCCGCUUUAACACAUUUACCCUCGGAUUGGCCGAAAGCAUCUCCACACCAGUCGGAUCCAAGAAGAGAUCCGGCUCUUUUUCCUCCGGGAGUCGGGGAUAAUAUGUCCAGACGCAAACAGACCAACCCUUUCAAAGUGAAUUGGCCUUUUCACACGACUGGGUUGUGCGGCCCACAGCACACUUUUGAGAUGGAUGCUAGAGAUGACUUCAUCGAGGAUGGAGAAUGCCAUAGCAACAACUCACAGGAACCUGAAGAGCAAGACAGCACAAGCGACGACGGUGAUAGUGAUUUUGACAAAGACGACUCCUCAAAUGCCUCUGCUGAUGACAGCAUGACGAGUAAUAAGAGCAGCCACGGCCCCGUACUACAUGAUGACGUCAAGGAGGAAAAUGAGGAGGGGACAGACCAGGGGAGCAGUUUUGUAUGUCCUCUUUGUUCCCUGGAGUUCAAUAGCCCAGAUCAGCUCAUCGCUCACGUCUACCAGCACACAGCUGUUGGUGGCAGUAAGAGUUAUGUCUGUCCUGUUUGCGGAAGAGCUCUUAGUUCUCCAGGCUCUCUUGGUCGACAUCUUCUCAUCCAUUCAGAGGACCGACUGUCCAACUGUGCCGUAUGUGGGGCUCGCUUUACAGACACCAACAACUUCAACAGGGAAAAGUUGAAGGAGUUCCUUGACACAAGUAGUAUAGAGAUCAACAGUGAGGGUGAGGCCUGUGCCAUGUCCGAUUCUUUACCCAGAAGCACUAUGACUAACCCUGACACAAGUCCUGGUCCUGGACUGACCUCAUUGCCAGAUGGUCUUCUCUCUUCUGCGCCUCCUCUUCCCUCACUCUCUGACAGCCUCAGUCCUCCAAACACAGGACUUGCACCUUUUCCAGACCUCAUGAACCCUAUGCCCGUGUACCCAGCUGGGGUUUUGUUGGUCUGCAACAGCUGUGUUGCCUACCAGCAGCUUGUGGAUGCACAGUCGCCGUCCCUGCGGAAAUGGGCAAUCCGUAGGAAGAAAGAACCCGUAGAGGUGCGGAUGCAGCGGCUUGAACGGGAACGAACGGCCAAGAAGUCCAAACGGGCAUGUGAGUCACCAGAGGAGCGGGAGAUGCGGCGCUUACGAGACCGUGAGGCAAAGCGGCUGCAAAGGAUGCAGGAGACUGACGAACAACGGGCACGUCGUCUGCAGCGAGACCGGGAAGCCAUGCGACUCAAGCGGGCCAACGAGACGCCCGAGAAGAGGCAGGCACGGCUUAUCCGUGAGAGGGAGGCCAAGAGGCUAAAGCGGCGCUUGGAGAAGAUCGACCCAUCCCUGAGAAACCAGAUCGAGCAUGACCCUGCUGCGAUGGCUGCUCUCACUGCAGAUAUGAGUCUAUUCCAGUUUUCUUUUCCCAUGUCCGUCCCUUCCAUGGACAAUGGACUGUUUAUGAAGCUUCCCUAACAAGCACAGCUCCAAACACCUCUCAGCUCAACAUUCGAGAAGAAUUUGCCAUUCUUAAAGAAUAACGAUCUUGAACAUGACGUUGAUGAGAAGGAGGUGGUCACCCUGAGAGCGAUUUGCAGUGAUGUAGGCACCAGAUGUCUUUUAUUUUCAAAGAGAGAUUUGAAGCAACUUGAUAGACCAUGAGUUGCAAUGCAACAAUGUUGAUCAGAGUUCAGCUUUAUGCUGAUAGGCCGCUACACACAUGGAGACUACCAAUGGGAGAGUGGACAGCAAAGUUCAGAUGUUCUGCUGCCUGAUAAACUUGGAUAUUGCAGUUGAGUACAAAAGUGGUUCUACAGGAUCGACAAGGCAGGCAAUUGCAUACCUAACGGUAACUGAUUCGAGUAGCCAUCAGUAAGAAGACAUAAACUUCCUGAAAACUAGAGCUUGGCAAUGUUUAGUAGGCUACAAUGACAUAUUUGAAAAUCUCUCUAGGGGGCUUCAUCCCUACAGAGGAAAGAGGAGCCUGCGACACCAGAGUCUGUUACAAUCACAAACAGUCGAGUAGGAACACCUACUUGUAACCAACAGCAUAUCAACUUGUCAAUCUCCAAUUAUUUAAUUGCUGUCAAUGUGAACAACCCUUUAUGGAUUUCUGUAACAUAAACUGAUUUACAUAAUUAACUUAACUUGUAUAAGAAAUUCCGACAUUCACAGAAGGGCUUACCCUCUCUGUAAGCAUGUUUUAGGAGACUUGUCCAUUUUGUUUUCAAGGCUCAGACUUUUAGCCAUCUCUCUUCAGAGCAGUGAGAUCCUUCCACAAGGAGGUUCUCUGUUUGCACACGGACCUACAGCGACAGGAGUGAGACGUUUAGCCACACUCAGCCUUCUCUUUGAAUUUGCCAGUCUAAAAGGUUGGAGUUUACCUGCAACUAUGGCUCACCUCCCAGGACCCCAGGUUGGGUCACUACUAGCUCAUACUCACAGAAGCAACUACCUCACCAUUGGAUCCUUGCAUGGCUUAGACACACCUGUGGCCUCAACAGAAACCACAGGGGGCCAUGCAGGUCCACACACUGAUGCACUGUUCCCUAUGCCAACACAUACUCUAGUCCAGGGGUGUCCAACCCUGCUCCUGGAGGGUUCAUCCUCCAGAGUUCACCCCUGAACCAUCUAAUCAAUGUAUUCAGGGUUACUUGAAACCCCCCGGCAGGUGUGUUGGAGCAGACUGGGAGCUAAAUUCUCCAUGAUGGUGGCCGUCCUAGAGCAGGAUUGGACACCCCUGGUAUAAUCAUUGCUCUACUUGUUCACCGAAAGGACAACACCUUAUUUAAAUGCUGUUUGAAUCCCACUGACCCAAAUGCUGAAAUCUAUGUGGGCUUACGGUCUCUUGGUUUUUGCUUAUGCAGUCUUCUGUUCACAAGAUCAUAAGAUAUCCUGGAUGGCACCUUUGCAGCCAAUGUGUCCCCCGGUGCACCCUUUAGUUGAGCCUGGUGCAGACUUUGGAAACUGACUGCUACCCAAGAGUCUGUGCGGCUUUAUAUCUCUUAAGUUUGGACUUCAAGAAGUACUUCAAGGGAUGAGGGUGCCAUUUGGGACAAGGCCUCUUUUGGCUACUUUGUCUUUUUUUUAAAGAGAAAGGUGUGGAUGUACUUUUAAAUACUAAAAGUAUUGGUUUCAAAGCACAUUCAGACACACUUCUCCGACCUCCGAAAGGCUUUAUACCUUAUCACAAUGCUACACGGGUUGAUAUUUGUCUAGGAACUCAGGGAUGGUGUGGAUCAACGGCAUCCUCACGACUUGAGAACACAGAUGAGCAGGAGACUUCCUCUUCAUUAUUAUUAUUUUCUCUUGUUCAGACUGCAAACUCCUUACCUGAGCCAAAAUGUCGAUUAUGGAUAUUACUCAACUCCAUGACGUCUCAACUAACCAAUCAGUCUCUGCCCUCUGCUGCUGUCACUGUACUAUAUAAUGUGUAUGUUACCUCUUUAAACCAGUGCGAACCCGCACUGGACCUGGAAAUGCUUGUUAAUGGUGAGGCACUUAAGUGUGUGCUCGAUCUCUAUGGCAACAUGCAUAGUGUACAAAUGCAAAUUGUUGCCUUUGUCACUGGAAAUUUGUGCUUUGGUUUUAUAUUUAAUGAUUUAAUGUGCAAUUAAAUGUGCAAUGAUGUAAAGGUUUAGCGAAUGCAUGUACCAUGAAACAAUCAGGACGAACACUUCCAGAGAGAAAUCCCUCCUAUAUGAAGCAGUGGUGAUACUCCAUAUGUAUGUGAAAAAUUCACACAUUCACACAUUUCACAAUAAUUUAAAGGUGAAGUGUGUCAUUAUUGCAAAGGCAGAUGCAAACAUAACACUUGCAUCGCAAACGCUGCUCGCUGUCUUCCAUCAUUCACCAAACAGGUACUCCCACCAAAAAACAAACGAGUUCAGAAGUUGACAUGUUAGAACGCCCAACAAACAAUGCAUUAGCAGUGUUUAAGGUAGUCGUUCUUAAACUUUUUGGGUUGACCACUUUAAGAAAAAAAUAAAAUAAAAGCAGACCAGCAAAUUUCAUUAGAGGUACGCCGGUCACGAUAACUUUUUGUUGUGCGAUAUAUUGCCCCAGAAAUAAUUGCGAUAAUAUUAUUGUAAUUUUAAAGACCAUUCUAUGCCACUAAAUAUAAAUCAUAAUGUUGCAGCAUAAAAUGCAAGAAGUCCUACACACUUCCAAAUGACAUCAAACUUUAAAUUUUUGAGAAUAUUUAGAUAGUGGAAACAAAGCAUCUAAAUAUUAGAUACCUUAAGAUCCUUAAUAAAUAGGCAACUUUUUUUCUUUUUUUUUAAAGUAACAAGUAAGACAAAUGAACAACAAACUCGUAUGGAGAUUUUUCCAUCCCGGACCUUCUUUUCUCUGUAAAUAAAGGGUGCACACUAAUGCUGAAAAACACAAUCACUACUUAGCAAUCAGAUGUCUGUAUGCACAAAGACACAGAUCCCUAAACAAGACCAAAUCUGCAGAUUAAACUAUUUAUUCUUGUUGUUGUUGGUAAAAGCAUAUUUUAAUUUCAAACUAGCACCUCAUGACUACGUUAUGUACGAGAAGCUGUAAAAGACACAGGUGCAAGUCGAAUGUACAAAACAUGGUGACAUCAAUUUUUAAGUGAAUAUAAUGGGCGAUAUAUUGCAUCACCAGAAAUUAUUGAGGUCAUGUACAUAUAUUGUACAAUAAGUCAAUAUAUUGAUAAAUGCAACAGGCCUAAUUAGAGGGGCUCAUUUAAUGCCCUCUUUGCCGAUUUUGGCUUGAGCCACCAUUCUAUAUAUUUUCCAGAAGGCAGUUUCGUUCUUAUUUCAUAGAAAUAAAUGCUUCUUUUAGCUAAUAAUCCAAUGAGCCGACCGAUUGCAAGCCAAACGCUUACAUACAUAAAGACAGACCACAAAACACUUUGUCAUGAAAUGAAUGUUAAUUCAUUUUCUAUAGGGCUUUUUAUUGACUAACCUUGAAAACAGUUUGAGAACCACUCUGUAUGUAAAGUUGGGAGUACAUUACACAAGUAACCUUGAAACUUUACUCACUUCUCAGUGUUUAAAUUGGGUGGAAGGGUCACUCAUGUUAAAACGGACCAGUGUACAUCUCUAAGUACCUCUUGAAAACAGGGUAGAUUUUGUGUGUGUAUGAUAUGUCUAAAUUUAAUUCCAAUACCUGUUACAGUUUAUUUAUUACUACAGUCAAUGGCGCACAUUUCAGUGUUUUAAAUUCACAAUGUUGUCAUUACCUUCUUUAGAGAUACCUCUAGUACUCAAAGAUGAAGCAGCUGAGCUUUCCCGCACAGUUGAAGGAAACUGGAUAUUGGUCCCAUGUUUAUGCUGUUCUGGAGUAUUGAUGAUGGACUCCUUAAGUAAAAAAAGGAUUUAAUGUACAUGUGAUGAAGCAUCACUAUGCAAUUGAGAGCUGUACUGUACUCUAUAUGUUUUACUACUAUGCAGUUGAUAUGAAAGUAAAUGGACUCAAAUGCUCCAGAUCACAAACCUCAGGCAACUCUUGAGAGUCAAGCCAUUGGUCCUCAACUCUGUAACCUCACCAGGAGAUCCAUCCUUAAGCUUUGCUUUCAGUUGCACCUUUGAUAAAGAUCGAGUUGAUGUUGGCGUAUGCACAUUCAGGAAGAACAACGCAAUGAUUAAUUCCCUGAAAAUCAUUAUAAAGCACUGAGUUUUUCCAUUCAGUAGCAUUAAAGUUGUGGAAACCCAUCCUUAUGCAAUGAGAAAAUCAAAUGAUUUGCUGUAGUUAAGAACAAGAUGUUGGCAGGAUGUAUUGUCUAUUUUACAGAAGAAAAUAUAUAUGUAUAUAAAAGGGUAUUUUCAAACAUUAACCCCAUUUAGUCUUCAUUAUUCCUAAACAUGUAUUUUAGUGGUAUGCAUUGCCAUGUGACAUGUUAUGUAUAAAACAACCAUUUUCGUUUACAUUGCAUAUAAGUCAGUAAACCCCUGGCAAUGGAACCUGCACGUUAUAAAAUACAUGAAAUUAUACAAGCUUUUCAUUAAGGAUUGGAGCUCUGUAAUGACUUGCCUUUUUGUAAGUCUAUUUAGAUAUUUUCAUGAUAAUGUUUACACUUCUAAAAGGCCAAAAUGAAUGAAAUUUAAUGAGAGUGACAAGAAUAACACUGAUCACAACGCCAAAUGCUCCUGUUCGGAAAGCCAUGCUCCGUUAUUGGCGAAAACAUCAUGAAAAGCAGGAACAGAAUGUGGAAUAAACAUUGAUUUCUCUGCUA